UUCCAAUGUCAACACGCUAGCUGUAACUACAGACGACUUAAAUUUUUGGCCAACGAACGUUGAGAGCAGACUCUCUCUUGAACGUCGAUCAAAAUUUUAAUGAGAAUUAUUUUUUUAAAUGGAUCUACGGGAACUAUUUCUUAGUUGUCGAUCUGGAAAUUUAAAAAAGAUCAAGUAUUUAGUAGAACAUAAGGAGGUCGAUCUAAACGUUCGAGACAGGUGGGAUAGUACACCUUUGUACUAUGCAUGCCUUUGUGGACAUGUAGAGCUUGCAGAGUACCUAUUAGACAAUGGCGCACAAUGUGAAGCCCAAACAUUUGAUGGAGAGCGCAUUCUUUAUGGUGCCUUAACAAAUGAAAUUCGGAACAAGUUAAAGAACUAUAAAGUAAUUUCAUCCUCUGUUGUGGUUCGUGAUGAAUACGAAGAGUUCCUGAGAAAGCUGCUUGAUUUGGGAGACUACAGUGACUUCUCAUUCUAUUUGCAAGGGGAAGAAAUUGCUGUGCACCGUUUCAUUUUAGCUGCAAGGUCUCCUUAUUUUAGUGAAGCAUUUCAAGAAAGAUGGACCUCAAAAAGAACAGUGAAACUUCAAGAUAAACUGGUUGAUCUGGCUGCAUUUAAAUCAGUUGUUCAAUACUUGUAUAGUGGACGCCUCAAUACACUUCUAGAUGACGUAGACGAGUGCAUACGUCUAGCUAUCCAGUGUCGCCUUCCAUAUUUGAAAGAUAGUUUAGAAGCAGCCAGAAAGCGGGCCACAGCAUUCGCUGACACCAAACCGGGAACAAAGAUAAAAGUCCUGUUGCUGGAGUCGAAAGAAUUUCGGGCAGAAAUACAGCGCGAUUUGGGUCAAUUGGCGAAACAAGCAAUUCCAUCCGGUUUAAUCACGAACGAUUUAUUCAUCCAAGCUACUCUUGAACUGCCCAUUCUCGUUGACGUCUGUUUCGUCGUUGAUCGUCAACAAUUCUUAUGUCAUAAAGCUGCCUUUGUUGGGCGAAGCGAGUACUUCAGAGCUUUUUUUCGGGAUCACUUUAGAGAAACUUCGCGCACUGAUUUAUGCAAAGGAUCCAUAAAUCCUAGAGAUGAAGAAACAGUAAAAGGUUCAGAACUUGAACGCGUGAUGCUACGUGACGUAACGCCAGAGGUGUUUGCGCAAGUGGUAUACUACGUCUACUGUAACUCUGCUCAGCUCACCGUGGAUAAUGUUUACGAACUUCUUAACAUUGGCGAGCUGUACUUGAUGCCUGGUUUGAAGAAACUUUGCGCAAAUUUCUUAAUCAGUGCAAUCGACUCCAAGAAUGUCGUCAGCCUGAUAAAAGUGUCUAGAAUUUACAAUUUACCUCGUAUUGAAGUCUCCUGCAUUGAAUUUGUCGCCAAGAACCUUGAGGAAGUUGCGGAAUUAGAAAAUUUUCAUCAACUUAUUCUUGAAGAUGCAUUUGAAGUAAAAGGCCGUCAGGAGAUGGACACGAUCGCAGUCAUUGAUGAUUUACGGUAUCAAAUUGAUCUUUUGCACCAAAGCUCACCCAUCGCUUACGAGAAACAUAAAUUAAUUGAUCAAUUGCUACAAAAUUUGAAUCUGGAAGCAUGAAAAACUUUCCUUUAUAUGGAGAUUUAAUUGCAGAUGAAGUUUCCUAUGACUCAAAAAACAGGCAAAUUCGAUUUUAACUUACAUUUGGUAACAAAACAUAAUUGAUUAAAUACAUGAACAUAAUAAAGUA